CGGUUUCUCAGGCUGAGCAACGUCUCCAGCAAGAAGCGAGAGGCGGGUUUGUGCGUGUUUGUCAGCGGCGCGAGAGGUUUCAGCAGCGGUAACCAGGGCUAUAUUAACGGUCACUAAAUACGUUAACGGUCGUUAGGGAUAAGGCAACUGCAACGACCGCGUAAAACUCUUAUUUUUAAUCUUUUCUAAGCUACAGACUGCGUUUUUUUCUCUCAGAGCGGACCGAGGAACUUUUAUAUUUUGCCUGAGGAGCCCCUGUCAGUAUCACUCGGGCGCCGUUUAGCAUAUGAUCCGCAAAGUGUCACACCUUCGUCUCUCCGGCGUGUGAGAGGGACUCGGGGGGAGCUUCUCCCGUUCACCAGAUUAAGAAACUACAUUUCGGACGUUUUUUUUUCUUUCUUUCUCGGUUUGUCGGGGAAAAAGUCCCCUAAGUACGUAUGCAAAAUGAACGCAGUGGUGCUAGAGCUCCAGUCGCGUCCUCAGUAGCUCCAGCUGUAGCUCCCCGUCUGUGGGAAAAUAGUGUGGUAACUAGUUAGUUAACCUAGCGUUAGUAGUUUCCAGCUCCUGUAGAAAAAUUGCCUCUUUUUGUGUUAAUGGAGAAAUUAAGGAAAGACUGACCCCCCUCUCUUCUCCCCCACCCAUGACGCAAACUCUCGGAUUUUAAGGAUUCCAGAGAAUGGUAAACGAUCGAUGGAAAAUCAUGAACAGUGUUUCAGAGCUCGAAGAUGGACAGCAGCACAAAUCGCAGAGGAUGAGCUGUAGCUACCUCCUGUGCACCAUCCUGCUCUUUGUUGCUGUUUUACUGGCUGUCACAGUAACUGGUACCAUCCUUCUGAUGAACCACUACCAGGCACCCUCUGGCCCUGAUGCCCCUCCUCUCAUCAGCACCAAUCAGGACGAGGGCAACGCACUGGUGACAGUGGAAAGAGGCGACGGUUCACGCAUAAACAUCUUCAUCGACCCCAACUGCCCCGACUACAACAACAAUUUCUUGCGGCUGGAAGGGGUGCAGACAUCGCUGCUGCACUCACUUACCGACCACGACACGGAUCUGAAGUCAGUGAAGGGGCAGGACCGAGCUUUGCUAGUGAAACUGGCAGAGGAAGUGGCCAAGCUGUCAGCCCAUGCCAGCCAGCUGAAGAUGGAGUUCAAUGCGCUGAGGCAGGGCCAGGGCAGCAUUGGACAGGAGAUCAACACACUCCAGUCUGAACAAGGCAGACUCAUCCAGCUGUUGUCGGAGAGCCAGAUCAACAUGGUGAAGGUUGUGAACUCAGUGAGUGAUGCCCUCAACUCUAUGCAGAAGGAAACCGGCAAUACGAAGGGGCGCCUGAAAGCAGAUCUCCAGAGGGCUCCAGUCCGCAGCCUCCGGCCCAAGGGCUGUGCCAACGGAGAGGGCUCCCGACCAAGAGACUGCAGUGACAUCUAUGCCAGUGGACAGCGAGAAGACGGGAUUUACUCUGUGUUUCCCACACACUACCCUGCAGGCUUCCAGGUCUACUGUGACAUGACCACUGAUGGAGGUGGCUGGACGGUGAUCCAGCGUAGAGAGGACGGCUCCGUAAACUUCUACAGGGACUGGGCUGCUUAUCGAGAGGGCUUCGGCAAGAUCACAGGGGAACACUGGCUCGGUUUGAAGCGGAUCCACACUCUCACCAUUCAAGCUAACUACGAGUUGAGGAUUGACCUGGAGGACUUCGAGAACAGCACUUCCUUCGCGCAGUACGGAUCCUUUGGAGUGGGUUUGUUCUCGGUCGACCCAGACGAGGAUGGCUACCCGUUGAGCGUAACAGACUACUCUGGCACAGCCGGUGACUCAUUGCUCAAACACAAUGGCAUGAAGUUCACUACAAAGGACAAGGACAACGAUCACUCGGAGAACAACUGUGCCUCCUUCUAUCAUGGAGCAUGGUGGUAUCGCAAUUGCCACACGUCCAACCUGAACGGACAGUACCUGCGCGGACAGCACACGUCCUACGCUGAUGGCAUUGAGUGGUCCUCCUGGACAGGGUGGCAGUACUCACUCAAAUUCACCGAGAUGAAGAUCAGGCCCACCCGGGAGGAGAAUAAAUGAGGGGACCACUGGAUGGACUAAACAAAGGCAACCAUGCAAAAGAAACGGAGGAGAGCAGGCCUGUAGGUGUUAGAGACACUAACUACAGAAACGUGUGAGAACUGUGUGAUGAUGUAGUAUCCCCCCGACCCCUCCAAUUUUGCGUGGUUCUGUUUUAAGCCCUCUUUCCAAAGUACCCCAUCCCGACCCAUCUUGUAGUGCAGUGUUAGUGCUGAAGCGCAUUAGGCAACUGUUUUGCUCUCGCUCUCCUGGUCACCUCUCUGAAUAUUAUUAUGAAAUAAAGUUCUUGUCCUUUAAAAAAAAAUAAUUGUUGAUAAAAUUUAUAAAUAAAAAAAAAUCAGUAGCUGUGGAAUUUAGCAAGGAAUAUGUGUAGCCUUUUGUUUCAAAAGACAAAGAAUUAUCCCUCUUACCCACAGAGAUCCAGGGUUGUCUUAAAGACCGAAGACAAGCUUUUCUAUUCUGUUUUAUUCUGUCAUCUUUUCAGCCAACGCUUUGUCAGGUAGCUGGGUGUGUCAGGUUUGCGCCACUGCAUACCACCCCUGCUUUGAUAACUAGGAGAAAACCGGCUGCCCCCACGUCGACCAAAAUGCAUAAUUGACCUGCAGGGAUGCUGAGAAGGAAGACAGUCGAAGGAGACUCUCAGAGCGAUGGGUCCAAUCAGAGCAAUUUUUCACUCUGACAACUCAAUGGCACCAUAAAGCGUACAGCACGGUUACUGCGAGGCUUAUCAAUGGAGCGGUGAGGUGCUCCAAAGAUACAAUGCCACUAUUCAUGGAGCGUUCGUUUCGUCAUGCUGACAAAGGUUGAAAAUGUGGAUGCAUCACUGUAGCAUUUUAUGGAGUUGAAGAUACUGGAAUUUAUCAAAAUGUUCUCAUAAUACUAGUUUGUGGUGGAAUGCUAUGACUGUACUACUAGAUGGCUGACAGAGCACAGCAGACUGGAGAUAUCAGUAUUUAAAUCAUUUUGAGGCUUAAGCUUAAUCUAGGUCUGGGAAACUAGCCCUUAGAGUCUACUGGGCUUGUCUUUAUUUACACUGUAAAGCAAAAAUGUCCAUCGCAUCUCAUCCGCUGUAUAUUACCCGCAUACAUCAGGUCAAUGAGAGGCGUAUGUCUUGUUUUUUCAGCUGCAUCUAAUAAGGAGAGAUCAGGAGGUCUACUAUAGUGUUCAGCUCUUCGGUUCCCCGGGCUGGUAGAGACAUGUGCAAUAUUGCUCAAAUACAAACUACCUAUGCCUCAUAAAGUUUGGGCAGUUACAACCACCCCUCUCUUGGCAAAGAAAUGCUUCUCUUAAUCAAAGCGAGUUUACAGCUUCCACCCAGCCAUUUACUUAUUUCGUAGUUAAUUUAUAAGCAGUUGGUUGUCAGUUUCAGUACUUAAAACAACCAGUUUGCUUUUGUACCUUGGUACUGAAGACAUUACUGCUGAUUUCACUGUAAAUUCUCCCUGAUUGAAUUCAGCUCAUACUGAAUGGGUUAUGGCGCACAGUUCAGUGUUACAGUCUGAGAAACGUGUACGUCUGUUUUCUUAUUUUAGCUGUUUGUUAUGAUGAUAUUUGAUGUAAUUGUAAAAUGAUUAUUGUCUGAGAUGGAAGGUGUCUGCACUUUAAACUUAAAAACCCAGUGUUUCCAUAGCAAUGUGUCACCUUUAUAUUUCUAUUGAAAAAGUGAGAAAGGUUCAUUGUUCAUAGUGGAAAUGAAGAAGCCCUGCAAUUUCAGUCACAUUAUUUUUGCAAACACUGAAAAUUGAAGAAGAAAUUUGUGCUUAUUCCUGGUAAAAGACCAGUAUUUAUGUGUUGAAAAGCUAACUCACUGUCAGAGGAACUCAGAACUACAGUCGAAUGAAUAACUGUCAGUGGCCCUUCAAAAGUAAUGCACUCAGGCAAGCUGACGUUUUUUUUUUUUUUUUCUUCAAAAUUAUGACACAUUAACUCUCUGAA